UUCGCAGAGGAGGAGUAACAGACUUUACUGUUUUAAUUUCUACUUCGACUCACAUGCGAUGGCUGGGAACUUCUGGCAGAGUUCGCAUUACCUUCAGUGGGUUCUGGACAAACAAGACCUGAUAAAGGAGCGACAGAAGGACCUGAAGUUCCUGACAGAGGAGGAAUACUGGAAGCUACAAAUCUUUUUUGCCAAUGUCAUCCAGGCCCUCGGUGAACAUUUGAAACUCAGGCAGCAGGUCAUAGCCACAGCGACAGUUUACUUUAAGAGAUUUUAUGCCAGGUACUCUCUGAAGAGCAUAGACCCAGUGCUGAUGGCCCCCACCUGUGUGUUCCUGGCCUCAAAAGUGGAGGAAUUUGGUGUGGUUUCAAACACUCGUCUGAUCUCUGCGGCGACAUCUGUGUUGAAAACGAGAUUCUCCUAUGCAUUCCCAAAGGAGUUUCCCUACAGAAUGAACCACAUACUGGAGUGUGAAUUUUACCUCCUGGAGCUUAUGGAUUGCUGCCUCAUCGUGUAUCACCCAUACAGACCACUGUUACAGUAUGUGCAGGACAUGGGACAGGAGGACAUGCUUCUGCCGCUGGCAUGGCGCAUCGUAAAUGACACCUACAGGACAGACCUGUGUCUGCUCUACCCUCCGUUCAUGAUCGCCCUCGCCUGUCUACAUGUAGCCUGUGUGGUCCAGCAGAAGGACGCCAGGCAGUGGUUUGCCGAGCUGUCUGUGGACAUGGACAAGAUCCUGGAGAUCAUUCGCGUAAUUCUGAAACUGUAUGACCAGUGGAAGAACUUUGAUGACAGGAAAGAGAUGGCUGCUGUGCUCAACAAGGUGCCCAAACCCAAGCCUCCACCCAACAGUGAGAGUGAUCAAACCUCCAAUGGAAACCAGAACAGCUCCUACAGUCAGUCCUAGACCUGCUUCUGGAGCAGGAAUUUGGGAUCACAGAGCAUGGAAACUGUAUCACUGGACAGCAGAAGACAAACAGAAACGCGACACGACCUUCCAGCUGAGAGGCAGUCCUCAGAAUAGACGUCCCCAUGUCCACAUGCCCCGACGAGAGCAGAUGGGGCGUCGGCCAGUGGCCAAUGGAAAAAUGCUCUUGAUUUCUAUCAGAUGUCUCCACAGGGCUGAUAUGAUAUGGGUGUGUGUUAUGGACA